AUGAGUGGCAGCCAUGGACAGACUGACACCCACACCUAUCAAUCCCUUUCGGAGGACUGCCCGUUUGGAUCUGUGGAGCAGCCCAAGAGAUCCACAGGGAGACUCAUCAUGCACAGCAUGGCCAUGUUUGGCCGAGAAUUUUGCUACGCCGUGGAAGCCGCUUAUGUGACUCCCGUUCUGCUCAGCGUGGGCCUGCCUAAGAGUUUGUACAGCAUGGUGUGGCUCCUCAGUCCCAUCUUGGGAUUCCUUCUGCAGCCUGUGGUGGGAUCCAUCAGUGAUCACUGUAGGGCCAGGUGGGGCCGCCGGAGACCCUACAUCCUGACCCUGGCCAUCAUGAUGCUCUUGGGGAUGGCCCUAUACCUCAAUGGAGAUGCUGUUGUAUCAGCUUUGGUUGCUAACCCAAGGAGGAAGCUGGUUUGGGCCGUAAGCAUCACCAUGACAGGUGUGGUUCUCUUCGAUUUUUCUGCUGACUUCAUUGACGGGCCUAUCAAAGCCUACUUGUUCGACGUCUGCUCCCACCAGGACAAGGAGAAGGGUCUCCACUAUCACGCCCUCUUUACAGGUUUUGGUGGCGCUCUUGGCUACCUUUUGGGUGCCAUAGACUGGAUGCAUCUGGAACUGGGAAGGCUGCUGGGCACCGAGUUCCAGGUCAUGUUCUUCUUCUCUGGCCUGGUGCUCACUUUGUGCUUUCUCGUCCACCUGUGCAGUAUCCCUGAAGCCCCACUCAGAGACACUGCCGAAGACCCUCUCUCUCGCCAGGUCCCUCAGGGCUCGUUGUUGUCAGCAAAUGUGAUUCACGAGUAUGGUUCUAUUGAGAAAGUUAAACCCGAUGGUGCAGACGCAGAGCUGGUACAGGGAGGGACAAACAAAAAAGCCUCUGAACAGAGUCAGAGGGCAAUGUCGAUGAAGUCACUUCUGAGGACGUUAGUGAACAUGCCUUCCCAUUAUCGCUGCCUUUGCAUCAGCCAUCUCAUUGGAUGGACGGCCUUCUUGUCAAACAUGCUCUUCUUCACAGAUUUCAUGGGACAGAUUGUGUACCAUGGGGAUCCCUACAGUUCCCACAACUCCACAGAGUUCCUCAUCUAUGAGAGAGGAGUUGAAGUUGGAUGCUGGGGCUUGUGCAUCAACUCCCUGUUCUCUUCACUUUAUUCGUACUUUCAUAAAGCUUUGGUUUCCUACAUUGGAUUAAAGGGCCUCUAUUUCAUUGGAUAUUUGCUCUUUGGGCUGGGAACAGGAUUCAUAGGACUCUUCCCGAAUGUCUACUCUACCCUGGUCCUCUGUUCUAUGUUUGGUGUGAUGUCCAGCACAUUGUACACUGUGCCCUUUAACCUCAUUGCCGAGUACCACCGUGAGGAGGAGAAGGAGAAGCAGCGGGGAGCCCCAGGAGUCCCUGACAACAGUGGCAGAGGCAAAGGUGUGGACUGUGCUGCCCUCACCUCCAUGGUGCAGCUGGCUCAGAUCUUGGUUGGAGUUGGUCUGGGCUUCCUGGUCAACAUGGCUGGGAGUGUCAUCGUGGUGGUGAUCACAGCCUCUGCAGUGGCACUGAUAGGCUGUUGCUUUGUGGCACUCUUUGUUAGAUAUGUAGAUUAG